AGUCUGAUUUACCUCUUAGGAAAUUUGGAACCAUUCCCUGAAGAAAUAAACUAAUUUUUUUUCCUUUUUUUGUUUUUGUUUUCUUUUCUGAAGUUUCUUUUUCUUCUUCUUUGUGCUUAACCAAACAAGUUUUUCUAUGCCAGAGCCCAUACUUCACUGUCACCAAGGGUCCUGUUCUUGUUUUGGCUAGAACUUUGGGUUUUCCUUUUCAACUUCUUUGAUUGUGAUUUGGACUUGUGUCCUUUGGGAUAAUAGUAAGGAGGAAUCAUGGCUAUGGCUGUGGCUCAUCACAGAGAGAGUAGCAGCAGUGGUAGCAUUGAUAAGCACCUUGAUUCUGGGAAAUAUGUGAGGUACACUGCUGAACAGGUUGAAGCUCUUGAAAGGGUCUAUGCUGAGUGUCCAAAACCAAGUUCCCUCAGGAGGCAACAACUGAUCCGAGAGUGCCCCAUUCUUUCUAACAUUGAACCAAAGCAAAUCAAGGUUUGGUUCCAGAAUAGAAGGUGUAGGGAGAAGCAGAGAAAAGAAGCUUCACGGCUUCAAACUGUGAACCGGAAGCUUACAGCAAUGAACAAGUUGUUAAUGGAAGAAAAUGAUCGGUUGCAGAAACAAGUGUCACAGCUUGUGUGUGAGAAUGGUUACAUGAGGCAGCAAUUGCAAACUACAUCAGCUGCAACUACUGAUGCUAGUUGUGAUUCGGUGGUUACUACUCCUCAGCAUUCCAUGAGAGAUGCUAACAACCCUGCUGGACUCCUAUCAAUUGCAGAGGAGACUUUGACAGAGUUCCUAUCCAAGGCUACGGGGACUGCUGUCGAUUGGGUCCAGAUGCCUGGGAUGAAGCCUGGUCCGGAUUCGGUUGGGAUCUUUGCCAUUUCACAAAGUUGCAGUGGAGUGGCAGCUCGAGCCUGCGGUCUUGUUAGUUUAGAACCUACAAAGAUUGCGGAGAUCCUGAAAGAUCGUCCAUCUUGGUUUCGGGAGUGUCGGAGCCUAGAGGUUUUCACGAUGUUCCCUGCGGGUAAUGGAGGGACCAUUGAACUUGUGUACACACAGACAUAUGCUCCAACGACACUGGCUCCUGCCCGGGAUUUCUGGACUCUGAGAUACACUACAAGCCUGGAAAAUGGCAGUCUUGUGGUUUGUGAGAGGUCUCUAUCUGGUUCUGGGAGUGGCCCUAAUGCAGCUGCUGCUGCUCAGUUUGUAAGGGCUGAAAUGCUUCCUAGCGGCUAUUUGAUUCGACCAUGUGAAGGUGGAGGGUCAAUUAUUCACAUUGUAGACCACCUAAAUCUUGAGGCCUGGAGUGUGCCAGAAGUGUUGCGACCACUUUACGAAUCAUCAAAAGUGGUGGCCCAAAAAAUGACAAUUGCAGCACUUAGAUAUAUAAGGCAAAUAGCCCAGGAAACAAGUGGUGAAGUGGUAUAUGGAUUGGGUCGGCAGCCUGCUGUUCUUCGAACAUUCAGCCAAAGAUUGAGCAGAGGCUUCAAUGAUGCUGUGAAUGGAUUCAAUGAUGACGGAUGGACUGUACUAAACUGUGAUGGUGCUGAGGAUGUAAUUAUUGCAGUUAAUUCAACCAAGAAUUUGAGCGGCACUUCUAAUCCUGCUAGUUCCCUUACAUUUCUUGGAGGAAUUCUCUGUGCAAAAGCUUCUAUGUUGCUCCAAAACGUUCCUCCUGCUGUUUUGGUUCGCUUUCUCAGGGAGCACCGCUCAGAGUGGGCUGAUUUCAAUGUUGAUGCUUAUGCUGCUGCAUCACUGAAAGCUGGCUCCUAUGCUUAUCCAGGAAUGAGGCCUACAAGAUUCACUGGCAGUCAAAUAAUCAUGCCACUUGGCCAUACAAUUGAACAUGAAGAGAUGCUGGAAGUUAUUCGGCUUGAAGGCCACUCUCUUGCCCAAGAAGAUGCUUUUGCUUCUAGGGACAUUCAUCUCUUACAGAUAUGCAGUGGAAUUGAUGAGAAUGCUGUGGGGGCUUGUUCUGAGCUUAUAUUUGCUCCAAUCGAUGAAAUGUUCCCUGAUGAUGCUCCAUUGGUACCAUCUGGCUUCCGCAUCAUCCCAUUGGAUUCAAAACCAGGCGAUAAAAAGGAUGCAACGACUUCUAACAGGACCCUUGACUUGACAUCUGGUCUUGAAGUUGGCCCGCCGACUACUCAGGGUGCAGGAGAUGCAUCAUCAAGUCAAAACACCCGAUCAGUGUUGACCAUCGCGUUCCAGUUUCCUUUUGACAGCAAUUUGCAAGAUAAUGUUGCUGUCAUGGCACGACAAUAUGUCCGUAGUGUGAUUUCUUCUGUCCAAAGGGUUGCUAUGGCUAUAUCUCCUGGAAUGAACCCUAACGUUGGGUCCAAACUAUCUCCUGGUUCUCCAGAAGCCCUUACACUAGCUCACUGGAUCUGCCAGAGUUAUAGUUACUAUUUAGGGUCUGACUUGCUGAGAUCAGAUUCUCUUGUUGGCGACUCGAUGUUGAAGAGUUUGUGGCAUCAUCAGGAUGCCAUUUUGUGCUGCUCACUGAAGUCGCUGCCAGUGUUCAUCUUUGCGAAUCAAGCUGGCCUUGACAUGUUGGAAACAACCCUAGUGGCUUUACAAGACAUCACAUUGGAUAAAAUUUUUGACGAAUCCGGUCGCAAGGCAUUGUGUGCAGACUUUGCCAAGUUAAUGCAGCAGGGUUAUGCUUAUCUACCAGCUGGAAUAUGCAUGUCAACAAUGGGGAGGCAUGUUUCAUAUGAACAAGCCAUAGCAUGGAAAGUGCUUGCUGCAGAAGACAACACUGUUCAUUGCUUAGCUUUCUCUUUUAUAAAUUGGUCAUUUGUAUGAUAAUGGAUCCAAUUUGGUGUUUCCCACUUUGAACAUUAAAAAAGAAUUGAAAGGGGCAAAUAUGGAAGUUCCAAAUUUUUGUUCAUAUACUGUAACUCACAGGAUCAAGUUUGCAUUUAAUUCGAUUUCAUUUAUUUCUUAUUGUAGUGCAGAGACCAAAUUAUGUUGUAAAUUUUCUUUAGUGCUUUUCUGAUAGUUUAA